AUGGCGGCAACUCUGCGUCAACUGGCGCGCCCGGCCCUCCGCGCGCCGUCAAAACAUCUCGCCGCUCCAGCGAUUACAUUCCAUCUCCACGACCAGCACCAACACCACAACCAACGCUUCCUCCCAGCGGCGUCGCGCGCGACAUUCUUCAGCCUCCCUGGGAACCCACUGGGUCCGCCGGCUCCCGCACAUCUCUCCGCGCGCCGGCGCCUUCCGUACCAGGCCUCGGCGCUGUACGACAUCAUCGCCGACGUGGACUCGUACGCCUCGUUCCUGCCAUACUGCACCCACAGCCGCGUGACUGCGUGGCGGCCUGGCCCCAACGGCAAGGGGCGCUGGCCCGCGGCCGGCGAGCUGACGGUCGGCUGGGGCCCAGUCACCGAGACUUAUACCAGCCGGCUAUACUGCAUCCCUGGCCGGGUGGUCGAGGCCGUCAGCGGCAAGGGUACGCCGGGGAUCUCGCCCGCCGAGGCCAAGGAGUGCGGCAUCGAUCUGGACGAGGUGAUCCCCGGCACCAAGGCGUCUGUGGGUGGGCUGUUUGAGAGCCUGGUGACUCGCUGGACUGUUACACAGGAGCAGGGAACCGGCGGGUCGAGGCCUUGGGCGGACGUCGAGCUGUCGAUUCGGUAUCAGUUCUCGAACCCCAUGUACCAGGUCGCUACGGGCAGCGUGGCUAAUGAGCUGGCUGGCGUGAUGGUUAAUGCGUUUGAGAAGAGGGCCAGGGACCUCCUUGGCGCAGCAAGGCCUUGA